AUGGCAAAUACACAAUCCAAAGUCGAUUCAUUAGAAGAACAGAAUUCCAAACUUGUAGCUGAGAUCACGGAAUUAAAAAGAGAAAAGGCUGAAUUCGUGGCUAAGGAAUCGGGAUUUAUAGCUAGAAUUACAGAAUUAGAACAAACUUUGAAAGAUUAUGAAGCUAGGUUCGUAAAUCUAGAGCAGAAAGAUAAUGAAAAGACUAUUUAUAUGGUAAAGAUAGAUGGUGAAAUUAAGGAAAUUAAACAAUCUUCUGUUAAUACCACUCCUAUUUCUGAGCAGAUAGAAAAUAGAUUGGAUAUAACUGAUAAUACUUCAAAUUCUGAUAAACCCAAUAAUGCUUUGGCAUCUGAUAAUACUUUAAAUUCUGACGUAUGUCAGUCUCGAGUCUCCGACUCACCUUUAACUCAAUGCUCUGCAUUGCCUAUUCAUACAGAACCCAUAACAUUAGAAGAUAAAGAGAUCGACAAAUUUCUGGAUUCAACGUAUAGGGAACAGGUUAGUAAAGAGAUAAUUCAGAGCAUUAAGGAGAAGAAACUUCGGGAUGAAAACUUAUCUUCGGAUAAUAGCCACUCUGUGACUGCCUCCAGUAAUUUAUUAGAGCAACCCACUUUAUC